AUGGCAGGCGACCUCGACUCCCUUGUCGACAUGGGCUUCGACCGCGAGAAGUCCGAAAUGGCCCUGAAGAAUGGCGGCAACCUCACCGGCGCCAUCGACUGGUUAGACAAGAACUCAUCGAAGUCUGUCGAAGAACUCAAGGCAGAAGCUGCAGAGGACGAGGAAGAGGAAGGCGCACCCAAGCUCGAAGCAGGAGAGCAGGCUCGCUCUAUGGUCUGCAAUGAAUGCCAGAAGAAAUUCCGCAGCAUGGCACAAGCCCAAUUUCACGCCGAAAAAUCUGGUCAUACUGACUUCGCCGAGUCUGCGGAGGAACUCGCACCCUUGACGGAAGAGGAGAAGAAGAAUCGACUCGCAGAACUGAAGGCUAGGUUGGCGGAGAAGAGAGCAGUUCAGGCAACGGAGGAAAAGAUCGCCCAGAAGCGGAAUGAAGAGAUUCAGCGCAAAAAGACCAAGGAGAACGAUGACGCGAAGGAGGAGCUGCAGCGGAAAGAGCAGAUCAAGGACGCGCAGAAGAAGAAGCAGGAGAAGGCGGACGAUCUCGCUGCCAAGAAGCGCAUUCGUGACAAGAUCGAGGCCGACAAGUUGGCGCGGAAGCAGAAGGCGGAAGAAGAGAAGAAGAUGAGGGAGAAUCCUGCAGCUUACAAUCCUGGUGCUCCUUCUGCUUCUACUACGGGUGGUGCUGCGGCUGCCGCUUCCCAGGUCAACAAGGCGAACCACUCUGAGGCCCGGCUGAAGCUACAGACUGCGAAUGGCACUGUCAUGAAGACCCUACCCGCUGAGACCACCCUCUUCGAGUUGGCGGAAGCAGUCAAGGCUGAGAUCGCCGUCCAAGCCACGGCAUUCUCAUCCAACUUCCCGCGCAAGGAGUUCAAAUACGAGGAUUUCGGCAUGACGCUGAAGGAGUGCGGGCUUGUUCCCAGUGCUAUGCUCAACGUGAAGUAG